AGUUAUGACUAAGAGUAUAUGGUAGUUUUACCACCAAACCAGAUAGUUAAUGUUAGAUUAUGGAUUGUUUUACCAAAAGAAGAAAACUCCUCAUUUGUUUUCCUUUUCUUUUGUUAGGCUUUUGUUCUGUUGUUGUUUGGUGAAAAAGAACAUCAAUAGACAGACCUGAUUAGGUUUUAAAUCUAUAUAAUUUGAUUCAAUUUGUGAUGAUGUAGAAAGCUAACUACUCAGGUAUUUUUUUUUUUUGGUCAAAGCUAACCACCCUAAGUUAGAGUGGUUCAAAUGCAAAGAUAAAUACACAUUGUUUUAUCUUUUUAAGCUACCAUACCUAUUAAACAAAAUUGCGGCUACCAAAUAUGACGUCCACGUCCACGCUAAAUUAUGAAACUACAAACGACAAACUUCAUUCCCUACAAAUCCAUUCCAAGGUGAGUAUGGAGGAAGCAGCUCUUAUCCAGAGUUGGUAGAAUGGUGUUAAUCAAGUUUGUCUGGCAAGCUUUUCCGACUUAGGUGACGCCUUUUCAAGCUUCCAGUUACUCUAUGCUUGGACCUAGACAGGAUCAUGGGAAGAUAUAUUGGUGGGGCGGGGUGGUGGUUGCUGGAAGCCAACUACUUUCGCAGGAUGGGUUUCGUGCACAAUUCGAGCAACAAAUGAAGAAGCAUAUGGGAGGCGAGGGAAAUUUUGAAGAAAUGAUACAUGAAAAGGAUUGGGAAUGUUGAAAGAAGGUGUCAUAUAUUCUUAAUCCAAACUUGCAAACUAUCCCAACACCAAAUGAAGAUGAUUCCAAAGGAGUGGAGAAUGUAAGAUUGAAGCGUGAAGAAAAUGAACUUAUAUGUUAUGGGCCCAUUCUAAAUUCUCUCAUUGAUAGGCUUCACGAUUUGUACGGAAAUAUGUAUACUCCUCAAGAAAUCUAAACUACUUUGCUAAAGAAAUAUAAGCAUGAGAAGAAAGGUAUGAAUAAAUUUCUUGCAUUGAAAUUUUUUUUAGUUUGAAAUGAAAGAUGAUAUUUCUA